CUUGUUGUCACACCGGUCAUAGCUAUCGAAAGACAAGCGGAGCCUGGUUGGGGAGAGUGCCUAAAGAUCGUUGUGACCGUCACGGGAAGAAGAAGCUCACUCGGGUCAAACAAUCUCUCAAACCAAAGCUGCAAAUCAACAAGGAGUCGUCUUCUAGGAAGCAAAGGCGCAUAAGUUCUUACUUCACACCAUCAAAUGAUAUUCCGGCCACACAUCAGAGCGGUGAUGACUCUGCACACGCAAGACCUCUCGACAUCGAUCCUCCCAGCGAUAAGGUGAUGUUCAACCAGCCUCCAACCGAAUCCAAUUUUAUGGAGAUAGAUGAUCAUGAGGAGCACCAGUCACCUAUCAUAAGCCAGUACGCAGCUCAUCUCCACCGGCAGGCUUCCACACACCAAGAUGUGGAUGCUAUGGAAAACAACACAGACAUCGUCCACAGCUCACCUGACCACAGUUUAGCAGAUGACCCUGAUCCUACACCACUUGUUUCAGGAAACAUUGAUGAUCUCAAUCCCAAAGUCAAGGAUGUUGAUUCUUUGGAAAACCCCAAAGACACCAGCCACCGCUCUCCUGAGAAUGACCACAAUCAAGAUGAAGACCAGGUGGUAGAUACUAUGGAACAACACACAGAGCAUACACAAAAUUCCAGUUUGUGUAAGAUGUGGAUAAUGGUCACUACUGAGGAGAAUGUUACAGACCAGGAUGUCGAUGAAAUGGAAAACGAUAACCAAGAUGUCCACCCCUCACCUGUCCACGAGACAAACAAUCUGAAUGCUUCCACAAAUGGAAAUGACGACGAUAUCCACACAACUCCUGUCCGAGCAGAUCAGAAGACCACAGAAACUCGUACUUUCGGAAAGCUAUACCCGGGACAAUGGGACCCACCUUCUAAAAUCUACGAUAAAGCUGAUCACCCUGACAGCCCCGAGAUUAAUCACAUCCUCUAUCAUGGUCUCAGGAUUUACGACAAAACGGCUAUUAGCCCAGACCCACCACUAUCGACAAGUCCCAUAUUCGACCAAACGGCGGCCACAUCUUCGUCUAACUCGCCACCGGUCAUUGGACCCACAUCUGAGGAUCAGGAUCCCUUCGUCGAUCUCACAACCACAAAAGACCCUGCCAGACACGUUCCAUCUCCCCUAGAAAACCUUCUCGCUAAGGAAUUAUUCAACUCCCCGCUGAUUCCUGCUUUGGAUCUCAUCACCCCACUACCAGACAGGGAAUGGGAGCUUUUCCAUAGUGUCCUCAAAACCAACAUUGAUGUGUUCCAUAGCACUCCAUAUGAGUUUCAGUUUUCAAACAAAUUGCUCCUAGAGAUUGCACAGCCUAAGCAAUGGACAACCUCAUAUGUAAGACACCCCCUCUCUGUUUGUUCUAUCAUUGUCUGA